CUGUAGUGCAUGACGGAGAGCUGCGAUAGGCGUCAUGUCCUUCAAGAGGGAGGGGGAUGACUGGAGCCAGCUCAAUGUGCUCAAGGUCCCACGGCCUCCCCGGGAUGGGUCAGGGCGCUCCCUCGCCUCCUUGGGCAAGGUGCCCUCCCCCAGCUGGGGGGCGUGGCUCCGGGAGAGGCCCCCUGCCCGCAACACCAGGAUUCCUGGUUCCAGCGCCGCCCCCCCCUCGUUUGCCCCUUCCCAGAAGCGCCGCGUCGGGGACCUGCUGGCCAGUUAUAUCCCAGAAGAUGAGGCACUGAUGCUCCGAGAUGGACGGUUUGCCUGCGCUGUCUGCCCCCACCGGCCGGUACUGGACACACUGACCAUGCUGACUGCUCACCGCGCAGGGAAGAGGCACGUGGCCAGCCUGCAAGAGUUCUACGGCAAAAAGCACCCGUGGAAGGGAGAAGAACAGCAUCCAAAGCGGCAGGAAGACUCGGGCUCCGAGAAGACCGGGAGCCAGGCUCCUCUGCUGACCCAGACCCGGCUAAUCACUCAAAGUGCCCUGCGCAGAGCCCCAAAUUAUAACAGUUGCUGUCGAAGGCAGAAGAACAGACCAGAAUCUCCUCCGCCCUCAGCUCCUCCCCUCCCGUCUGGGCCCCCACAGACUGAGGCACCUUCGGACCAGAAUGCUGGCAGAGCACCCAAGUCUAAGAGUGAUAGACAGACCCGGAAGGGAUCAGCAGCAGCACCAGCCCCCGUGCCCUUGAGUCCUACCCGACGAAGGGCGUUGGACCAUUAUCUGAGCCUGCGCAGCUCGGGGUGGAUCCAGGAUGGAAGAGGUCAGUGGGUAAAGGACAAGAAUGUGGAGUUUGAUUCUGAUGAAGAGGAACCCCCGGAUCUCCCCUUGGAUUGAUACCCUCCCCCCACUUUUUGUUUAAAUAAACCUGAGAAAAGACUGGGUUCUUUCUUCCUC